AUGAAAUCAGUUUUUGAAGCAGUUAGUGAUGAUGAAAAUGAGGAAGAAAUUGAAGAGGAGCCUGUUGUUAGAGAAAAGCCAAUAUCAUGGGCUGAUAAUAAGUACUGGGAUGAACGAUAUACAAAAAAUCCAAAUCAAUUUGAAUGGUAUUUACCUUGGAAAAAGCUGAAAGGCUCACUUGGAAGAUAUAUUGAUGGAUGUACUAGUGCACUCCAUGUAGGAUGCGGAACUUCAACGUUAGGAAUAGAUAUCCAAGAAGAUGGAGUUAAAAAUGUUCUUAAUAUUGAUACAUCAGAAACUGUUAUACAAGAAAUGUCAUCUAAAUAUGAACGAAAAAGGAAUAAAUUCGAAGUUGGAGAUAUAAGAAACCUUGAAUAUCGGAAAAACUCAUUUGACUUGGUUAUUGAUAAAGGCACAAUGGAUUCUAUGAUGUGUGCCGAAACUUCUCAGCAUGAUAUUGGAAAAAUGUUCAAGGAAAUUUCUAGAGUUCUCAAGCCUGGCGGAACAUUCAUAGAAAUAUCUAACGCUUGCGAAGAACUACGUUUAUCAUAUUUUCAGCCUACUCUCUACAACUGGAAAAUACUUGGCGUUAUCAAAAUACCAAAACCAAUUCUGAAAGAUGAUUUCUAUUAUGCUUAUAUUGCUAAACUCAAUGAGGCUCAAGAAUAA